GUGCAAAUGAACAUGCCACAUGGGGGCAUACGCCACGUGCGCGCGGAUGUGUGAUGUUCCAGUGACGCACCAGGGUGGGAGUAGCGCGCCCCUCUGCAUCCCUGUGCUUUGCUGUACUUUUCUGGGUGUGUGCUGGGGAGGCUAUGUUCCUGACCCUUCCCCUCUGGGGUGAGAAGGGGUCCCCGCCAUGUCCUCGGGGUUGGUAAGAGGAGAGAAUUGGAGCUGUUUUCUCCUUGAUGCCAAGAUACGCCAAGCUAGGAGCACUCUGCGCUUUCCACAGUCAUCCACCAAGAACAGGCCUGCAGGACGGGACGAGGAUCAGAGCCUCCCUGCAACCCCGGCCACUGCCUGCCGUCUGUGGGCCUGGACUGUGCGGGCAACUGCACUUUGCCCGAGUGACAAGGAGGAGGUGGGAGAGGGCAGCAGCAUGGGCCAUGUGGUUGGCUGCCCUCAGUCCCCCUGCUGCUGAAGCUGCCCUGCCCAUGCUCACCCAGGCCGUGGGGCCAGGGACCUGCCAGGGCUAGGAGUGAGCCUGCUGUUCAUGGGUCUCUAGGGAUUUCCGAGAUGCCUGGGAAGAGAGGCUUGGGCUGGUGGUGGGCCCGGCUGCCCCUUUGCCUGCUCCUCAGCCUUUACGGCCCCUGGAUGCCUUCCUCCCUGGGGAAGCCCAAAGGCCAUCCUCACAUGAAUUCCAUCCGCAUAGAUGGGGACAUCACACUGGGAGGCCUGUUCCCGGUGCACGGCCGGGGCUCAGAGGGCAAGGCCUGUGGAGAACUUAAGAAGGAAAAGGGCAUCCACCGGCUGGAGGCCAUGCUCUUCGCCCUGGACCGCAUCAACAACGACCCGGACCUGCUGCCCAACAUCACGCUGGGCGCCCGCAUUCUGGACACCUGCUCCAGGGACACCCAUGCCCUCGAGCAGUCACUGACCUUUGUGCAGGCGCUCAUCGAGAAGGAUGGCACGGAGGUCCGCUGUGGCAGUGGCGGCCCACCCAUCAUCACCAAGCCUGAACGCGUGGUGGGUGUCAUCGGUGCUUCAGGGAGCUCGGUCUCCAUCAUGGUUGCCAACAUCCUUCGCCUCUUCAAGAUACCCCAGAUCAGCUACGCCUCCACAGCGCCAGACCUGAGUGACAACAGCCGCUACGACUUCUUCUCCCGCGUGGUGCCCUCGGACACGUACCAGGCCCAGGCCAUGGUGGACAUCGUCCGUGCCCUCAAGUGGAACUACGUGUCCACGGUGGCCUCAGAGGGCAGCUAUGGCGAGAGCGGUGUGGAGGCCUUCAUCCAGAAGUCCCGUGAGGACGGGGGCGUGUGCAUCGCCCAGUCGGUGAAGAUACCCCGGGAGCCCAAGGCAGGCGAGUUCGACAAGAUCAUCCGCCGCCUCCUGGAGACCUCGAACGCCAGGGCAGUCAUCAUCUUCGCCAACGAGGAUGACAUCAGGCGUGUGCUGGAGGCAGCGCGAAGGGCCAACCAGACAGGCCAUUUCUUCUGGAUGGGCUCUGAUAGCUGGGGCUCCAAGAUUGCACCGGUGCUGCACCUGGAGGAGGUGGCUGAGGGGGCUGUCACGAUCCUCCCCAAGAGGAUGUCCGUGCGAGGCUUCGACCGCUACUUCUCCAGCCGCACACUGGACAACAACAGGCGCAACAUCUGGUUUGCGGAGUUCUGGGAGGACAACUUCCACUGCAAGCUGAGCCGCCACGCCCUCAAGAAGGGCAGCCACGUCAAGAAGUGCACCAACCGUGAGCGAAUUGGGCAGGACUCAGCUUAUGAGCAGGAGGGCAAGGUGCAGUUUGUGAUCGACGCCGUGUAUGCCAUGGGCCACGCGCUGCACGCCAUGCACCGCGACCUGUGUCCCGGCCGCGUGGGGCUCUGCCCACGCAUGGACCCCGUGGAUGGCACCCAGCUGCUUAAGUACAUCCGAAACGUCAACUUCUCAGGCAUUGCAGGAAACCCCGUGACCUUCAAUGAGAAUGGAGAUGCACCUGGGCGCUAUGACAUCUACCAAUACCAGCUGCGCAACGACUCUGCCGAGUACAAGGUCAUCGGCUCCUGGACGGACCACCUGCACCUUAGAAUAGAGCGGAUGCACUGGCCGGGGAGCGGCCAGCAGCUGCCCCGCUCCAUUUGCAGCCUGCCCUGCCAGCCGGGCGAGCGGAAGAAGACAGUGAAGGGCAUGCCCUGCUGCUGGCACUGCGAGCCUUGCACAGGGUACCAGUACCAGGUGGACCGCUACACCUGCAAGACGUGUCCCUACGACAUGCGGCCCACGGAGAACCGCACGGGCUGCCGGCCCAUCCCCAUCAUCAAGCUCGAGUGGGACUCGCCCUGGGCUGUGCUGCCGCUCUUCCUGGCUGUGGUGGGCAUCGCGGCCACGUUGUUCGUGGUCAUCACCUUUGUGCGCUACAACGACACGCCCAUCGUCAAGGCCUCGGGCCGCGAACUGAGCUACGUGCUGCUGGCGGGCAUCUUCCUGUGCUACGCCACCACCUUCCUCAUGAUCGCCGAGCCCGACCUCGGCACCUGUUCGCUGCGCCGCAUCUUCCUGGGGCUAGGCAUGAGCAUCAGCUACGCGGCCCUGCUCACCAAGACCAACCGCAUCUACCGCAUCUUCGAGCAGGGCAAGCGCUCGGUCAGUGCCCCGCGCUUCAUCAGCCCCGCCUCGCAGCUGGCCAUCACCUUCAGCCUCAUCUCGCUGCAGCUGCUGGGCAUCUGUGUGUGGUUUGUGGUGGACCCCUCCCACUCGGUGGUGGACUUCCAGGACCAGCGGACGCUCGACCCCCGCUUCGCCAGGGGUGUGCUCAAGUGCGACAUCUCAGAUCUGUCACUCAUCUGCCUGCUGGGCUACAGCAUGCUGCUCAUGGUCACAUGCACCGUGUACGCCAUCAAGACACGCGGCGUGCCCGAGACCUUCAACGAGGCCAAGCCCAUUGGCUUCACCAUGUACACCACCUGCAUCGUCUGGCUGGCCUUCAUCCCCAUCUUCUUUGGCACCUCGCAGUCAGCCGACAAGCUGUACAUCCAGACGACGACGCUGACGGUCUCGGUGAGCCUGAGCGCCUCGGUGUCCCUGGGAAUGCUCUACAUGCCCAAGGUGUAUAUCAUCCUCUUCCACCCGGAGCAGAAUGUGCCCAAGCGCAAGCGCAGCCUCAAAGCCGUCGUCACGGCGGCCGCCAUGUCCAACAAGUUCACGCAGAAGGGCAACUUCCGGCCCAACGGCGAGGCCAAGUCUGAGCUCUGCGAAAAUCUGGAGGCCCCAGCACUGGCCACCAAACAGACUUACGUCACUUACACCAACCAUGCAGUCUAGCGAGGCCACGGAGCUGAGCAGGAGGAGGAGCCAUGACCCUGUGGAUGGUGCGACGGGCCAGGGCCACACCCAAGGGCACAGCUGAUGUCUUGCCUGCCCGUGGGCGCCCACGGACAUGGCUUGGUGCUGAGGACAGCAGAGCCCCCGGCCGUCACUGCUGGCAGCCUGGGAAAGCCGGGUGGGCAACAGGAAGACAAGGGGCUGGGGCAGUGCCAGGCCAUCCCGAGAGCCUGCAUCUUGGACCAUUGCCCCUCCCAGCCCCAAACCACAGGGGCUCAGGUCGUGUGGGCCCCAGUGCUAGACCUCUCCCUCCCUCUGUGUCUGUCUGCGUUGCUGGCGACACCCCCAUCUGUCUCCAGCCCUGUCUUUCUGUUCUCUUAUCAAUUUGUUUCACCUUUCCCCUCUCUGGUGUCCCCGGCUGCUUUCUGUGUCUCGUUUCUGGCUCUUGCCUCUGAUUCCUCUCCCUCAUCCUCUCUGUCCUCAGCUCCUCCUGCUUUCUUGGGUCCCACCGGUGUCACUCUUCUGCUGUUUUCUUUCCUGACCUCGUCCGCUUCAUUCUCGUGCAGCCGUUGCUCCGCUUUCCCUGCCACCCUUCCCCAAUUCGCCAAACUUUCCAUGUCACAAAAGAGAAAAAAGGAAAAAAAGUCAAAACACAAAAAAGCCAAAACAAAAACAAAUCUCGAGUGUGUUGCCAAGUGCUGCGUCCUCCCGCUGGCCUCUGUGUGUGUCCCUGUGGCCCGCAGCCUGCCCGCCCGCCCCGCCCGUCUGCCGUGUGUCCUGCCCGCCUGCCCGCCCGCCUGCCCCUCCUGCUGACCACACGGAGUUCAGUGCCUGGGUGUUUGGUGAUGGUUAUUGACAACAAUGUGUAGCGCAUGAUUGUUUUUAUACCAAGAACAUUUCUAAUAAAAAUAAACACAUGGUUUUGCA